CCAUCCGCAGGAGAGUUCCAAGCCCCGCCCAGCACCCUCCCCUUCACCGUGUUCGCCCUCUGACACAGUAGAGACAGUCAGAUAAACUUUAAUGGAAGCUGCGAGGGUUAAUAGCCGGUCACGUGGCAGAGCCUGUCAGCGACACGGACAAGGAAUCGGCGCUCGUGUUAAGGCGCAGAUUGACAGGAGGCCGGAGCUAUGCGACCGUCCCAUGUAAAUGACGUCACUUCGUGGGGGCGUUGCGGCCAACCUGUAGGAGGAGCGCGGUGCGAGCACCUGUCAGUGUGAGAGCUGGGAACAUGACCGUGGCUUCUAAAGUUGUGUCUGAGCGGCGGGCGGAGCCGCUACCUGCACUGCUACUGCGGACCUACCUGCGGCUACUGCGGGAGCGGCCGAUAGUCACCAAAUCAGUGACCAGGUAACCGCAGGGAACACACACACACAGCGCUCAUCCUCCGAGCAGCAUUAAAGGGACACUAUACUCACCUGAACAACCUUAGCUGAACGAAGCAGUUUUAGUGUAUAGAUCACUACCCUGCAGCCUCACUGUUUAAUUAUCUGCCUUUUCUUUUUUUUUUUUUUGUUAAAUCGCAUUUGUACAGUGCUAUGGAAUUUAAUAAAAUAAUAAUUUGUUUAAGCAGCUUUAGUCAUGCCUCCUUGCAUGUGACUUACACAGCUUUCCUAAACACUUCCUGUAAAGAGAGAUCUAAUGUUUAAACUUCCUUUAUUGCACAUUAGGCUUAAAUUCAAUUUUGUUUGGUUUGUGGACUUUUUAUUUUUUUGUAACUCCUGCUCUGUUAAUGGCUUGCUAGACUUUGCAGGAACCUCAUGUGUGUGACUAAAGUUAAAUUAUCAGAGCAGUAGGUAAAAACCUCUAAUUUAACAUGGUUGAAAAUGAAACAAUUAUUUUUCAGUCACAGCCAGUGGAAGCGUGGCUAGGGACGCAUCAACAGAGACAAAGUGAUUUUGACAGAGAAUUGAGCAAGGAGACUGCAGGGAUAUGAUCUAUACACCAAAACUGUUGUCACAAUGCCUGCCAGGCACUCUACUGUAUGUUUCAUUCCAGUGUAAGGUCACCUUUUGUCUGCCUUCUCUGUAGCCGCUCUCUCCUCCAGCAUCCUAGCUGAUCCCAGCCACUGCUCAUAGGAACCAUUAUAUGGCUCUGCCUUGAAUGAUGACGCGCAUGCAUAUUCUGGCAUCAAAUGACCACAACUAGCCAAUCAAUGCCCUCCUAGUGCUCUAAUAUUGUGCCCUGUUGUGGUUAUCCAAAACAGCGGUUUCGGUAGUUGUAUGUACGCUGUCUGUCACUGUCUUGUAUUCUGAUUAUUCUUUAUUCUGUUGUCCUUGACCUUUGGCUUGUCUACUCAUUUGUUAGUCUCCGUCUCUCUGAUCUUGGUUUGUCUUUUAAUAUUCUAUAUAGCGUUAAGUCCGGCCACUCUAAGGCAUGUUAACAUGCUUUAGUAUUCUGGUUUCAUAAAGUCUUGUUUUAAUGCCUGUAGUAUCUGACAGGGUGUCCGGAGAUACCUCUUUUAGAGAGCAUGCAGUGUAACCACUGGAAUGAUUUAUUUUCAGGGGGAAAUUCUUGAAAAAUAGUUGGAGCAUUUUUUUAUUUUUUUUAUUUUGUAUUUUUUUUCAUUUCUUCUCUUUUGGACGAAAACAUGGCUGAAAGUAAUGAGUUGUGUUUAAAAGUUUGCAUGCCCUGGGAGAAGUUGUAACAUUUUAGCAUUCGUUUUGAAAAUAUAAAUGAGCCAUUAAAGGUUAAUUUUCCACACCUGUGGCUCUUUAAAUUGCAAUUGGUGUCUGUGUAUAGUCAAUGAGAUUGUUAGCUCUAACGUGGAUGUACUGAGCCAUGGGGAGCAGAAAAUAACUGUCAAAAGACCUGCGUAACAAGGUAAUGGAACUUUAUAAAUAUGGAAAAGGGUAUAAAAAGAUAUCUAAAGCCUUGAAAAUGCCAGUCAGUACUGUUCAAUCGCUUAUUAAGAAGUGGAAAAUUCAGGGAUCUCUUGAUACCAAGCAAAGGUCAGGUAGAUCAAGAAAGAUUUCAGCCACAACUGGCAGAAGACUUGUUCGAGAUACAAAGAAAAACCCACAGAUAACCUCAAGAGACAUACAGGCUGCUCUGGACAAAAGACGUGUGGUUGUUUCAAGGAGUACAAUACCACAAUACUGCAUGGUCAAGUUGCCAGAAAGAAGCCUUUACUGUGCCAAUGCCAAAAAAAAGCCUGGGUACAAUAUGACCGACAACACCUUCACACGCCUCCCAGCUUCUGUCACACUGUAGUUUGGAGUGACAAGACCAAAAUAUAGCUUUAUGGUCACAACCAUAAGCGCUAUGUUUGGGGCCGGAUCAACAAAGCCUAUAGUGAAAAGAAUACCAUCUCCACUGUGAAGCAUGGUGGUGGCUCACUGAUGUUUUGGGAGGGGUGUGAGCUCUAAAGGCACAUGGAAUCUUGUGAAAAUUAAUGGCAAAAUCAAUGCAGCAUGUUAUCAGGAAAUACUUGCAGAUAAUUUGCAUUCUUCUGCAUGAAGGCUGCGCAUGGGAUGCUCUUGGACUUUCCAGCAUGGCAAUGACUCUAAGCACAAGGCCAAGUUGACCCUCCAGUGUUUAACCCCUUAAGGACGCUGGACGGAAAACAGUUUCACUGAUUCAGCCUAUGUCAUCGCUCUGAGUCCGAGCGAUCACAUGUUCUACAGCGUAUACCCCCGUAUUUUUUUUAGGAAAUGGUAUGCCUUUGUGAAGUAAUUGGGAAAACACAACCUACUUAAAAAAAAAAAAAAAGUCCAAAGUGGGGCACAGUAAAAACAUACGGGGGUAUUGUUGUACUCAGAUGACAUAGCUGAGCAACAAUAUGAUGUAUUAUACUGCUGUAGCACACAUAAGGUUUGCAAAAUAUAUAUUACAAACUCAUUGUGUGUGUCAAAAAGGCAUAAAAAAUGCUUAUUACCACUACACUUGGUACAAGCUAGCAGAGAAAUGACUUCACGCUAAGGUUCAAAAUAUACCAUUUGAAAUAUCCUCGUGUUUCUUCUUUAAGAAAUGGUAUGCCUUUGUAGAGUAGUUGGAAUAAUCAACCUAAAACUCCAAAGUGGGGUAUGGACACAGUGUAAAAAUUCAAAGUUUGAAAAAACUUAAAUGGCUGUGAUUCAAAUGUGCCCCUUCAAUGCCCACAUAUACCUGGCAAAGGUACAUAUGGGGGUAUUGCUGUGCUCAGAUGACAUAGCUGAGCAAGAUAGGAAGUAUUAUAUAGCCGUAGCACACAUAAGGUUUGCAAAAUAUACAGUACAAACUCACUUUGUGUUUAAAAAGGCAGAAAAAAUGCUUAUCUAACUACACUUGGUACAAGCUAGAGGAAAUAUGAUUUCACGCUAAGGUUCAAAAUAUGACUUUUGAAAUACCCUAGGGUGUCUUCUUUAAGAAAUGGUAUGCCUUUAUGGGGUAGUUGGAAUAAUUACCUACUAAAAAGAAGGAUUUGCAUACAUUCCAUUGCAAAAAGUUACUUUUUUACUACAGCUAAAAUCUAGGGUUAGAGUCCACUUGGCAAAGUCCGUACUGUCCAUGUUGAAUAGCUUGCUUGUUCAAUGGGGGUGGGGUGGUGGGCUUCACUGCAACAAAUGCAUGCAAAUUUGGUUUGACAAAGCAUGUUUUCCUGUUGAAAGACGAGACUGUACAAAAGUGUGUUGCCAUGGUGUCCAUGAAGACAAAACUCCAAGUGGAAGAUUUAAGGAAUUUAUGUGAAGCAAAACCUUUUUGUAAUGUGGAGCGCAUUACAAAUUAAAUCCACUUGAAUUCAUUUAGAAGAACAGAUAUUUGGAGAGAAGUUACAAAUAUAUAACUAGAGAUGUCGCGAACCGUUCGCGAACUUCCCGCGAACAGCUCGCUACGGUUCGUGGCGAGCUCCGGUCAGCUGACACAUCCCGGCCAAUCUCCAGCAGACCCACCCUCCCUCCCACACCCUCCCACCUCCUGGACAGCAUCCAUGUUGAAGUCUGCUGGAGAUUGGCCGGGAUGUGUCAGCUGACCGGAGCUCGCCGAGAACGGUUUGUGGCGAGCCGUUCGCGGGAAGUUCGCGAACGGUUCGCGACAUCUCUACAUAUAACUGAGACAAAAACAAAUCACCAAAGAAUAAACAAUUAUUUUAAGGCAUAUCUUUACCAGUUCUAAAACUUGGGAAUGUGCGUUGUGGGUUUGUUUUUUGCAAAAAGUAGUAUUGGAACAUUUUUCUAAUACUACAUGGUAGACAGUGAGAUGGCCCUUAAAGGGACACUCAAGGCACCCAGACCACUUCUACCCAUUGGAGUGGUCUGGGUGCCAACUCCCACUACCCUUAACCCUGCAAGUGUAAUUAUUGCAGUUUUUUAUAAACUGCAAUAAUUACCUUGCAGGGUUAACUCUUCUUGGUCCAUAGCACAGAAAACCUGUGCUACAAUGUCGCUGGACGUCCUCACGCUAUGUGAGGACCUCCAGCGUUGCUCAAUUCCCCAUAGGAAAGCAUUGAAAAGCAUUUUUAAUGCUUUCCUAUGGAGAGCUCUAAUGCACAUGCCCGCAUUGCCGCGCAUGCGCAUUAGGUCUCCACGGCCAGGAUCAGUCUCGCCCACCAGCCGACGUAAUGAGGAGGAGCGGUGGCAACCCGAAACCACCGCCGAGGGACAUCAGCGUGGGCCUCAGGUAAGUGACUGAGGGGUUUUCACUCCUUCAGCAACCGGGGAUUGGGAGGUGGGAGGAAGAGGGGACCUGCAGUGCCAGGAAAACGGAUUGUUUUCCUGGCACUGAAGUGUCCCUUUUAAAGCGCCACUGACGUGCUGUACGUUCCUUUUCCCAAGUGCCUUCUCUUCCCUUUUUCUUUCCUACUCCUUUUUCUUUUUCCCUUUUUUUAUUUUUAUUUUUUCCUACUUCUAACUAACUUUUUCCUACACUUGCUUUUCUUAGACUCUGUGUGCAUCUUAAGUAAACUACACUUGUUGUGUCUAGGAAAUCUUUCCCAGAAUACUCACAUUUCCUCUGUAUUCUCGCAUUGAAUCCUUUCACCCUUUCCGAAUGUCCUGUAUAGUGGGAAUUUGGCAGCGCAAGGUAGUGUGGGCAGAUGAAGAAGAUACAGUAAACAUUAUUUCCAGGAACAAUAAGUUGACGACACUUGGAAAUAGAUCUGGAGAAGAAAUAAAUUUAAAAAAAUAAAUAAAAAGAUGAAAUGGUGGACCUAGAUACAUUUUGGGGCUAAUUGGAGAGACCAGGUGUAGAGGAUUCAGGAGAGAGAUUAAAAAAGAAAAAUGGAUGCAGCCAUGACAAUGGCACUUUAAGGUCUGCAGUGUUUUACGUGGUUGCUGAAAUUUUGGGCCGAAAAUGGGUCAAAUCUGCUGAAAAUUACACGUACGGUCCUGCAGUCUGUCUUGGUGCACGUGGAGGCUGAUGUUACGAGUGAACCAGUCCGCGGCUGCUUUCAGCGGAUUUAAAACAAGACACGCCUUCUACCCUGGCUGGGACCUCGAUAGCAGUGCUCCCCGGGCUGCGGCUGCAGGGGCCACAUAGCACGGUGACUGGUCUGCGGGCCCCCCUGUGUGUGCUGAGCUCGGCCGCCCAGGCCGCUCAUUGUUCGCUCGCUCUCUCCCAGCACUGUGGCUGGGGCACCAUGGAGGCCGCCAGACCGAGCACCUGAUUGCACCCAGUGACGAUCCCGCCCGCCAUGCCAAAACGUGAAGAACAGCAAGGGGAGGAAGAACAAGUGGGCGAACAGCAGUGGGGACGAGUAGGAGAACGGGGCCAUGGCGGCUGCUGCAGGACGGACUGCGGCCGCACAGAUCUGCGCAGGAGCCACAACCACAAGCUCUGCAACAGGACAGUGUGCUCAGCCGCACCAUCUGCAGACAUUUGAGAACUGUAAGAUCCGCCUGCAUUGACUGAGAGCCACUGACAGCCCCGGGCACAGGCUGGAUGGAGAGCAGUCUUAUAGGGGGCACAGCCUCAGCAGGAUUGGCUAGCAUCAGCCUCAGCAGGAACUUACUGAGCUGUCAAUCAAGCUUGUUUGAAGUCAUAUACUUACUAUUUUUAAAUAAUUUGGAUAAAAAAAAGUAGUUUUCGGCCAAGGGCAUCCUGAAUUUUCGGUUUCGGCCUAGAAUUUCCAUUUCGGUGCAUCCCUACACUGCACCCAUAAUACUUCAAUGUAAUGAAGUGCUAUGGGUACCUAUAGUGUCCCUUUAAAUCUUUUGCAUUCUUGAGCUGCUAAUGUUUUGUUUCCUAUUGGAUAUAUGUGAGUAAUUUUAUACAAUGGAGAUAAGCAGAUCGUGAACAGCACAGCUAACCAUCAUUUUUUUUUAAAUAUGCAACACAAAGUUUAUGAAUUUUCAGCCACCUUUCUGACAGUAAAGAGUUGCCUUUCCCUACUCUUUUUCCUGAUACUCAAACAGGGUUAUUAACUGAAAUGAAAAUUCAAAGUGAAUUCUACAUUUAAAGGUACACUAUAGUGCCAGGAAAACAAAAUCGUUUUCCUGGCACUAUAGGGUCUUUAGGUUCCCCCCGCCCUCAGGGUCCCACUCCCACUGGGCUCAAGGGGGCUGAAGGGGUUAAACACUUGCCUUUCUCCAGCGCCGAGCUCCCUCUGCGCUGGGGAACUCUCCUCCUCCUGACGUCAGCGCUGAAUGGUGCAUGCGCGGCAAGAGCCGUGCGCGCAUUCAGACAGUCCAUAGGAAAGCAUUUCUCAAUGCUUUCCUAUGGACGUCCAGUGUUGUAGAAUAUUGCAUAUUCUAUGUUUCUAUUGAUUAUAUAUGGAUGUGUGGAUUGACAUAAGUAACAGAUGGUAUAAGUCACAAGGCUUUCUUUGUCCGAGAGCUCUGGAAUGUGGAUUUGGGGGUCUUGUCCUUAUAUGGCUUGAGUUAUGCUCUAACGUCAGUAUGGGCACUUCUAUAUAGUAACUGAACAAAGAGACACGAGGCCGCUCUCUGUCUUGGCUCUCUCUCGAUGUAAAGAAGUCCAGCAAUUACCAUCUGCUGUUGAAUGUCCAUUAUCCGGUAACAUCCUUUGUUGUUUUAUUAUGUAUCCGUAACUAAGAAUAAACUUGAAGAAACCGUAAGUCAGAUUGCGUAUUAGUACUUUUCAAUAAUAUAGACAUAUAUUAUUGUGGAGAGCAUUUGGCCCAAGACUAUAUAUACAAAAAGACGUGUAUAUAUAUCAAUCAACUGAAGACAAGAAGAAAUUAAGAAGAUUUAACAGUGACGAUUCCAACCAGAUUUUACAAGUGUCUUCUCACUGUGAUUUUCACAAUGAGAAGCGUGGAAGCUGUCAGUGAGACAGCCACUAGAGGCUGGAUUAACCCUAGUGUUUACAGCUGCAGGGUUAAAACCUGGGGGACCUGGCACCCAGACCACUUAAUUGAGCUGAAGUGGUCUGGGUGCCUAUAAUGGUCCUUUAAGGUCAAAAUAGCUGAGCUGGAAAAACUAUUUACGUCAGCUAUGCUUUCAUUUCAGCUACUCUGUCCUUCAAAUUGAAAUUCACAUAACAUUCUCACUUUUUAGUAAAUAACUCCCUGUAAGUUUGUCAUUCUUUUGAAAUGGAAAUUUCUGCAAAAAAGUAUUUGUGACAGUAGUCGCCAUCACUGGGGAAGGAAGACAGCCCUUGCGAUUGUGUGGACCUCACCCUUCCAUGUACUAUAGUGCUCUAUUGUAUGUAAAUGAGGGUGUUUGGGGCAUAAGUAUAUGUGCUGUGUUCAUUAAAGGGAGUUGUUGUUGUUUUAACCUCUAACAAGUGUUGUCUGGUCUGCUGAUGAAAAGGUGUCCAGGGCUAUAAUCCUAGUAGCCUGGUCCAGGGUGUACAAGGCCCUCAGUGAUUCCAGUCAAGCCUUGGAUAGCUACAAGGUACUAGGUCGGAGCACUGGAGCUCGGUCACAGUAUUGAAAUCUACUAUUAAAAAAACAACACAUUUUUAUAACUCCUUUUAAUACUUACGAUCAAAUUUAUGAUGGCAUUUAAAGGGACACUAUAGUUAUCAAAAGAACUUUAGAUUAACGUGAUUUAACUCCUAAGUGGCAGAGAAUUGAGCAGGAAAACUGCAGGGCCAUUAUCUAUACACUAAAACUUAAUUAAAGGGACACUCCAGGCAGCUAAACAAGUAAAGUUUAAAUGAAAGCUAAUAAGCUUAAAAUACCUGUGGUUAGUUUAUUUUCUUUCAAAUCUGUGUAGUUUCCUGCAAUGCUGUAAAAUGUUUUACUGUUUUCAGCAGUGUAAGCCAGCCUCCUUAGCCACCCCAUCUCACAUUUGAAAGAAAAGUACCUUUUGCAGCCAAUGAAAAUAGAGGCAUGUCUUCUCUGUUUGUAAGGAAUGCUCACAGCGCAGAUUACACUGCAGCUAGAGCCCUCUCUGCAUGUAAUGUAAGUAAUAGAUUUUCCCCCAGGCCCUUUCCGCAAACCUCCCUACUCACUGUUAACCCCUUCCCUGUCAGACAACCUCACUACUCACUGUUAAUGCCUUCACUGCUAGCCAAUCUCCCUACCCACUGUUAACUCAUUCCUUGCCUGUCCCUGUCAGCCAACAUCCCUACUUACUGUUAACCCCUUCCCUGCUAGUCCAACCGCUCUACCCAUUGUUGACCCCUUUCCCUGCCAGCCAAAUUCACUACCCACUGUUGACCCCCUCUGUCAGACAACCUCACUACCCACUGUUAAUUUCUUCCCCAUCAGACAACCUCACUACUAGCCUAUCUAAUUUCGGCCAAAAAAUAGGUCAAAUCUGCUGAAAAUUACACCCUUCCCCUUUCCCCCUUUAUGAGAGGGCACAAUGCCUUUUUAGUUGCCAUCAGUAUGAGAGGGCACAAUUUCCAAGUACCAGAAGUGUGAGAGAUCACAAUACAGGGGCGAGGAAUGAGAGGCGGGUUUAUACCAUGAGCCGCUGUCCCCGUGCCGUCACUGCUCCUUCUCCUGCUGCCGGUUCCAGUUACCGGGACUCUAGUUCUGCAGCGGUCGCGGUGACAUAAGAUCACAGAGCUUCAGCCGCCAAAGCACACAAGACCCCAGCGUAACCCUAACCUUUCCUCAGACCGGAGAUCCAAAGCUAUAGAGAAAUGUGUUACCACGGCAACCGCCACGCAACUCUAUUCUCUUGAUACAGCCGAAUGUUAGUCAGUGAGUGUUAUUCUUGAGGAUAGCCACGCUCAUUAGCCUGUGUUCGCUGCGGGAUUGGAUCAAAGCCCUGGAUGGAUCCAUGGUUGGAGAGUCCUGGCUGGCAAGGAAGGUGGUGGACAUAUUGUGACUGGCAAUUCUUCACCCAGUUAAAAAUGUUGUUUGGGGUAUUUGAACAAUUCACUAACUAGUGCUAUAGAGACUGCGUUUUGCAAUUCCUCACCCAGGCUUUACCAGUCUGGUAAAUAAAAACAAAAAAUGACAGCUGAAAGUUUAAGCUAUAAAAUCCAAAAAUGUGAAGAAGUACCGUUCAGUGUUUAUUCAGCAAACUCCUGGAUGUAGCAAAAUUAGAUCUGAAUUUUGAAAUAGCUGGGGGAACGUGGGGGGGCUAUUCUCCAACCCUAACUAUAGCAUAACUUCCAACUUUUGGUAGAUAUGGAAGCAGGACAGACCUAGAGACCUGCCAGUGGUGCAACUUGUGUCAUUAGUGAUGUCAAGAAUGGGUUAAAUCUGAUUCUAUCAUAUGAGGAAAGUGCACAUUUUAUAGGUAUGAUAAAACAGGCUUAACUGUGGAUCUGAAUAAUCACUACCCACUGUUAACCUGUUCCCUGCCAGUCCCUGUUAAUAAAUAAAUAUAUAUAUAUAUAUAUAUAUAUAUAUAUAUAUAUGUAUAUGUAUAUAAAUAAUCAGAUAGAAAGCGAUAUAGAUAACACAAAACUCUAUUGGUAUUUAUGAGUUUGUCUCUUUAUAUUUAUUUAUAAUUAACAUAUGACACUAUAUGAUACCUAAUUUGGUUUGUAAGUUCUAGUGUCUAAAUGCUGUAUUUAUAGUGUAACUUAGGUUAAGUACUUCUUGGGUAGGCAUUGUGAUUACUGAUUCUCAGAGAGCAGGGAUCAGCAACCUAUGGCACUUAAGGUUGCCACAGCCAAACAGCUUCUGUCCUAUCAGGAGUCUCAGUGAGACAUCCGAUAUCCGAACUGUAAUUGCAGGUGGUGAGGGACAAUCCUUAAUUUCCGCAUUGCAGUAGUUAGAGGAAGUGAUCUCGGAUAACUAGAGUAGAGCAGCCAACAUCAGCUAUUGCAGCUCCUGCCCCUGGUUUGCACGGUCCACACUGAGCCCAAUGGAAGCAACCCACACUGCUACAUAUACACAGUACUGCAAAAUAAGCCUCCCUCACAACAGCCCACACACAUUCCACACAAACACAAUACUUCUGACAAUCUGCAUACAUGCACUCAACCCCACAAGUAGGCUCUCACAUACAAUAGCACAGGCAGUCCCACACAUACACAAACUACCAAACACACAAUGUAACAUAUUAUACCAAACAAUUUCACAGACUGCCCCCAUACGCAACCCAGAUUGAGGGUAUCAUACACAAUACCACAAACUACUCAUGAACAUAUACAAUAUAACAGCCGCACAAAUACAACACUACAAAGCCACUGCAGCACCCAUAACUAACACAAGCAGAAUACAUCGGCAUGCCAAGGAAUUUCUAGUUUUUUUUUUUUUUGGCACAGUACUACUAAAAGAUGAAAUAACAAAAAAUAUAUAGAAAAUGGCGCUAGAGGAUAAAGUGAAUGAAUGGUGCUGCUAUACCCAAGUAUAUCACCACUAUAUAUAUACUUAGAAAGAAUACAAUAAAAAAUAGGAAAGGUAAAAGCGCACACAGAGCAAGGAGGUCGUUACCUGACAUAUUAUAGAUAACUGGAAAGAAGUAACUCCUCCUUAUAUACAAUAGGUAUAUACAAUGUAGGGUUGCCUAUACAGGAAAAUAAUUUCCGUUUUAUUGUGUUUUAUAUACAGACCACACUAUGUUUUGUCUUGUGUUUGUAUUUUCUGUAUUUACAUUGUAUAUACCUAUUGUAUAUAAGGAGGAGUUACUUCUUACCAGUUAUCUAUAAUACGUCAGGUAACGACCUCCUUGCUCUGUGUGCGCUUUUACCUUUCCUAUUUUUUAUUGUAUACUACUAAAAGAUGGCCUACCCCUGUCAUAGAAAAUCACUGGAGCAUGGCCAUUGGUGAAAAGUCUUUGUGAAAUACAGGAAGCAGGGAGAAAGCAAAGGGGGACAAGACAUGCAAUCACAUGAGGGGAAGAAAAUCUGAUCAAAGCAAAGAUUAAUAAAGGUACUUCUGGAGCAAAAAAAAAAUUUGACAGUAGGUUUACUGUUUGCGCAGGGGGAAGAUAUCCUUUAAGCUAAAGUUGUUUUGGUGACUAUAGAGUCCCUUUAAUCGUCACUUUUCAGAUCACUUUCUUAUAUAUCCCUCAAAGUUUAGCUGAAAGUAGUGUCAAAGCGCAAAUAAAAAAUGGCUUUAAAUGUGCAUAGUAUUGUUCUGUAACUAGUACAAGUGACUACUCACAGUGUGUUAAUAAGUGAAUGUCUAACUCUUUGCAGUGGGAUUCUGUCUGCACUGGGAAACCUUCUAUCCCAGAGUAUAGAGAGAAGGCGCAAACGUCAGAAAUCCUCGAAGGAGGUGGACUUGGUGGGGCCUCUUCGAUUUGCUGUAUAUGGGUGAGUAAUAAAUUGGCAAAAGCUGCUUCUGCAAUGUAAAGACAAGUCUUUAGAUUCUCCAUAAUGAGAAACAUAAGCAAAAAAUCAAAAUAGUAGAGAUUAACUGAUGAUGUUGAAAUCGUGAUUAUUAGAGCUUACUAAACAAUAGUUUGGUGCAAAUAUUUCCUGAAUAUUGCCCAAGGAAACUGUAACUGCUUCAUCUCAUUGAAGUGAUUAGUGACUGAAGUCUCCUGGUACUGCCCUUCCAUUUAGCAUUAAAUAGUUUUUUUAUUAAUUUUUUUAAAUUUUUAAUGGCUUGAAUUUGGUUUUAAAGUCACAGUUAACAUUAAUGCAUAGGCAUUAGAAAUAGUCAAACAAUGUUUAAAACAAAAACAUUAGGUGACAAAACAGGAGCUCAAGUCUGCUGUAAAAACAGCACAUUUACAGAAAGAAAAUGAAUCAAAAUGGGACCGGGAGACAAGUGUCUAAUAAGUCUUUCGAGGAAAACCAGGGUAAUCGAUAUGUCAAUAGAAUAGUACAGAUCCAGCAACCCAAAACAGGCAGCGUUGUAGGAUCCAUAGUGCCAGACCAAGUAACCUAUUUUGGUUUAGGAGAGCACGCUGGACGAGUGUCAGAAACCCCUAAUACUCGUUAAUCUGUUGAUUCUAAAAAAACCCCAAACAAAUACACACUGUCACUUGCUCAUAUUUCCCAUAGAGCAGAUCUCUUCACUUUUACUUAACCAUUGCCCAGUGGAUGGAGGACAUGCCAUUCUACAGUUCAGAGGUAUGAAUGCCUUAGACACGUUUAUGAGAUGUCUGAGUAGCCUUCCGCGGUAAAUAAAGGGUUCAAAAUCCUUACUCCGCCUCCU